ACUGCGAAGUGCAGCGGAAUUGUGAAAGCUUCCUGAUGGCCAUGAUGUGGUCACAGGACAAGGGCAGCUGGAUGUCUUGCUGCGCUUGCAUCGGUUUUCUAACCGUUGCUGCCUUGGCCACCCUCGCCAUCAUGGUAGCCCUCGGUGUCGUGACUAUCGAGGUGCGCUACCGAGCAUCCGAGGCCAGGAAGAGCGAUGCCAAUGACACCGUGUCUCCUACGUCUGGCCGCUACCGAACUCCCGGCGGCAGCAAAUCGAUGAACCAUAGCCAUUUCGAGGCUGCGAAAAAGCUGGCCGCUUCGGUGAUUCGCUACCCAAGAGACCAGCCACUCCCCGAUCAGCUGGGAUGAGGCUUGCCUGCCCGGACACAAAAGAAAUACGCAAAUACAGCGCGUGCGAAAUUACACUCUCCGACACGUUCA